GAGGUAUUGGUGAUACUUGUUUCCAGUCACAAGGUCUGCUAGGAUUGAUAGCCCCUUACCUACCGGAUAGCAGGUAUAUAUAUAUAUAUAUAUAUAUUUAUUCUUGAUAUCAUAAUAUAAGAAUCACUAUUCGAAUCUGAAAUUGAACCAGCUACUAAGCAAUACUCGAGACACGUUUAUCCAACUCUACAAGAUUCCAGCCAUGUCUCAGAAGCCAGCCAUCGUCAUCGCCCAAGGGUCGUGGCAGAACGCCAGCGCGUAUGAUCUAUUUCUGGAGAAACUGCACGCGGCAGGCUACUCUGCUGAGCAUGUCAAAUUACCCUCGAUAGGGGGCACUACAACGCCUCUUCCGGGGUUUCCAGACGACGUCGCCGCCAUACAGUCCGUGCUGGCUAAGUUCAGGGACGCUGGUAGGAAGGUCAUCGUCUUGUGUCACUCUUCGGGCGGGGUCUCUGGUAGCAGUGCCGUAGCCGGCUUCGAUAACGUCAGUGGCGUCAUUUACCUGUCGGCAUUCAUGGUCCCCAAGGGCAAGGCGCUCUCCCAAUAUGACGCCGGACCGCCUCAGCCGUGGAUGGACAUCCAAGGCGACCAGGUCUUCCUCCGCGAGGAGAAAUUAAUGGACGCCGUAUAUCACGACCUCGACGAGGAAAGUCGGUCAAAGUGGGUUAAAGAGGUCUCGCCCACAUCCGCAGUAUUAUUUGAGGGCGUCUCAAGCUAUGAGCCAUGGUCCGAAGGCAUUCCUUGCGCCUAUAUCUUCUGCGGCGAGGACAAGGCGUUGCCUAUGCAGGUCCAACAAGAAAUGGCAAGGCAGUUAGGGCCCGAAUCUACCACGGUAACGGUAAAGUCUGGGCACAGCCCUUUUCUCAGUGUGCCAGACGAACUGGUGGCUGCCAUCGCAGAGGUCGAGGGGAAACUGAGCCAGAAAUCUGUGGUAGACUAGAACAAUUUGGUAGCCGUUCAGAGACGAGUACCUAGUUUCUCAUAUUGUCAACCUGCGAAUAAAAUUUAGGUAUUGGGCUAGCAGGCUGUUAGAUAAGGACGUAUGUAGAAGUCUAUCUGUA